AUGGUGCGACGCAUCUGGACUGGAGCGGGGGCCAUCCACACCUUCGCGAUCUCUGUAUCCGUAUGCGUCACCGACGAAGCGGACGUGACGGAGUCAUGGGCGCCUCAAUAUCGUGACGAGCGGGAGCCGCUCCUGUCCGUUCCGCCAUGGCCGUGGGAUGUUGUUCAUGUCGCCCGGGCGGGCUUGCCUGAUACGUGGGUGCUCAGCGGCGGCUCCAGCGUCGCCGGCUGA